CUCCACCCUUGGCCCAAUAAUAUCCGAACCGUUUAUUCAUCCUUGCGAAUCUCUUAUUCCAUCUCGGCCUCAAAUUUUCCCAGACGGCGUCUUCGCCAUCCCAAUCUACGCUCUCUUCAGACAGGCCCCGAGAGGCCAAGACCCGACACGUACCUACCUACACGGCUACACACACGGAAUCAGGAGAAACAAAGAUAGCUUUCUCCCAUGGAUUCAGAUCUCGGGAAGCUCUUUAUUGGCGGGAUAUCAUGGGAAACCAAUGAAGAUAAGCUUAAGGAUUACUUUCAGAGAUAUGGUCAGGUGGUUCAGGCUGUCGUUAUGAGAGACAAGGUUUCUGGGAAGCCUAGAGGUUUUGGAUUUGUCGAUUUCGCAGAUCCCAAUGUUCUUGACACAGUCCUUCAGGAUAAGCACACUAUCGAUGGCCGUACUGUAGAGGCAAAAAGGGCCUUGCCAAGAGAGGAGCAACAUAUGUCAAAACCCGGAAAUGCCAACAACAAUGGCGGUGGUUAUGGAGGAGGAGGUGGCAAUAACCGGACCAAGAAAAUCUUUGUUGGGGGAUUACCGCCCGCCCUGACUGAGGAUGAGUUCCGCCGAUACUUUGAGACUUAUGGGAACGUGACUGACGUGGUGGUUAUGUAUGACCAGCAAACAACCCGACCUCGCGGGUUCGGUUUCAUCUCAUUUGAUUCUGAAGACGCAGUUGACCGUGUUUUACAUAAGACCUUCCAUGACUUAAGCGGUAAGCAAGUUGAAGUAAAGCGUGCUUUUCCCAAGGACUCUAACAACUCUACCUCUGGGGGCCGUUCCACGGGUGGUAAUGGUAACUAUCAGGGGUAUGGUGGUAAUAAACCAGAUUCCAACAGGUAUAUGUCCUCACAAAACACAGGAGUAGGAGUGGGAGGAGGAGGGGGUUAUUCUGCCAGUGCUACUGCCUAUGGUUCCUCAGGAUUUGGUGCUGCUGGAGGUUAUGGAUUUCCUCCUAACAAUGGAAUCGGUUAUGGCAGUGGUUAUGGAAGUUUUGGUGCUCCCACCCCGGGUUAUGGUGGCUACAUGAACCCAAAUGCUCCAGGUAGUGGACCAAGAAGUUCAUGGGGCUCUCAGGGUCCCACCGCAUAUGGAGGUAUGGGUGGUUAUGGAAGCGCACCUUGGAAUACUUCCAAUGCCACUCCUGGUGGGGGUGGUGGGGGUGGAGCUCCAGGUCAAUCUCCUGCAGGAGUGGCGGGUUAUGGGAGUCAAGGGUAUGGUUAUGGAGGAGGGUAUGGAGGAAAUGCUGGACGUGUUGGUGGUGGUCCGAGAACAACCUCACCAGCUGGUGGUGGUGCCGGAGAUAUGCUAGGGGGUGGCGGGGGCUAUGGCGGUGGUUAUGGUGGAGGAGCAUAUGGUAAUACUGUUGGAAGUUAUGGCUAUGGAAAUGCAGCAGCCUAUGGAUCUAGCAACUAUGGGUCAAAUGGGACCCCCGGAGGCCGGGUAGGGUAUGAAAGCCACUACGAUGGGAGCAACUACAGUAGCAUACCAGGUCGGCAAUCUCAACAGUAGUCAGUGGUUGAAUGUAUGAUCAGUUGGGCUUCUUGAGUCUAUGCUUGGUCCAACACUAGUGAGUGUUUUCUCACUAAGUUUUUUUCCAUUGCCAUUAUAUGGUUCUUUUUAUGCAGUAGCUUUUAUAUUUGUCAUAUGUUUGUAGUGUCUAUUUUACUAGAGAAAGCUGUUUGCAUGGCUUUUGACUGUGCUUCUAGAUAUAUGAUUGUACUUUUAUGUUGAACUUCUGUUUCUACCCAAUUAUGAUGAGUCUUUCGGUAACGGAUUACUUAGCAUCAUUUAUCCUUUUCUCUCUUUUCAUAUCAACUGAAUGCAUUCUGAGCUAUAUUUUUUUGGUGUUGUUUGUAU